GCCCGUCCGCCAAUAAAGCUCCGCACUCGGCUCCGCCUCCGCUUCGCUCCGCCCUCAGUUCCGCGGCGCCGGGCGGAAGGGGCGCGGUGCGGUGACGUGUCGCCAUGGAGGAGCUCUACGUGAAGCCGGGGAACACGCGGCGCGGCUGGAACGACCCCCCGCAGUUCUCCUACGGGCUGCAAACUCGGGGCGCGGGUCCCGGGCGGACCCCGCUCAGUCGCCGGGUGCCGGGCGCUCCGCCGGACCCGCCCGCAGGUGCCUCUCCGGACCGCCCCCCCGCGGCGCUGGGGCCGCCCCCGUUGGGCCCUCCCGGCCCCGUCCCGAGCGCCCGCGGCACCCCGAGCCGAGCGCUCGUCGAGGAGAGCGGUGCCGCGGACGGGGAGGCUCCCGCUGAGGCUCCCGCUGAGGCCGUGCUGGCCCCGCUGCGGGAGGCGCUGUCCGCGUGCCGCCCCGCCGUGCAGAAACAAGUGUGCGAUGACAUCGCGCGGCGGCUGACGGCGCUUGGGGACGCGUGGGCCGGGGGGAAGCUGUCGGCCCCCGUGAGGAGGAGGAUGGUCGUCCUGGUGCGAGAGCUGGAGCGGCGCCGGUGGGACGCAGCCGACGAGAUCCACCGCUCGCUGAUGGUGGACCACGUGAACGAGGUGAGCAUGUGGCUGGUGGGCGUCAAGCGGCUGAUCGCAGAGUGCAGGAACCUGCCCGCGGCCGAGGACGGCAGCGCAGCUGGGCCCGGCCCGGAGGUGCCCGAACCGCCUGGAGCUGCGGAUUGAGCCGGGCAGCAGGAGGGGGAACGUUGCUUCUGCCUUUCACUUCCCUUCCAGAAAAGGGCAUUUUAAUCACUGCAACAUCUUGGUGGCGAUUCACUACCUGAUGCUCAAUAAACUGUUCUAAUCUGUC